GCCCUCUUUUGCUCCGGACAACAAAUGACAUGUCUGCUUUUGUCAACGACAACCAGGCGAGUCAGACAGUCGUUUGGUUUGGUUUGCCUGUAGUGUUAGCCAAGACAGCCAGCAACAACCAGCCGCCUGAAUGUAGAUCCGCAUGGGCUACUACUACUCUGUCUCUCCAAAAAACCCAGCGGAAUCAUAAAAUAAGGAUCCCAGGAUGGUGUUAGUGCAUGUCGGAUAUCUGGUUCUUCCUGUAUUCGGCUCAGUAAGAAACAGAGGAUCCCAUUUCAACCGGCAACAGCAACAGCAGCAGCAGCAGCAGCACAGCCAUGCUACCUCUUGCCGGCACUUCCAGUUAGGUCCUCAGGCCCCGCUGCCCAUGGACUUCCCCAUGCCCCACCCAGGGCAGCCACAGUCAGGCAUUAACCCCCACCUGGCCCCUCCCGGCCACCAGCAUGGCCCUCCACUCCACCCGCCCCUCAACCCCCUGCCCGCCCCCCAGUUCCAGGACAUCCCCGCCCCUCCCUUCCUACCUCAGGCAUUACACCAGCAAUACCUCCUCCAGCAGCAGAUCCUCGAGGCCCAGCACCGACACAUCCUGCCACCGUCCAGUAGACGCACCCCAGAGAGAGUUCCUCACCAGCCCCACAGACUGCGGCCCGGCUACGAGUUCGCACCCCCUCUCCACGUCCCUCCUCAGCCUGUGGUGCAGCAGCCUCGCUACCUGGCCGAGGGCACAGACUGGGAUCUAAGUGUGGAUGCUGGGCUGCCCCCCCACCAGUAUCACAUCCAUCCGCUGCCGCAGCACUAUCAGCACUACUUGACCUCUCCUAGGAUGCACCACUUCCCUAGAAACAAUGCCUCAACACAAGUGGUCGUCCACGAGAUCAGAAACUACCCGUAUCCCCAGUUGCACUUGCUGGCUCUGCAGAGUCUCAACCCCUCCCGCCACGCAUCUGCGGUUAGAGAGAGCUAUGAGGAGCUUCUGCAGCUGGAGGACAGACUGGGCAGCGUAAACCGUGGAGCGGUCCAAACCACCAUCGAGAGAUUCACCUUCCCCCAUAAGUACAAAAAGAGAAUACCCCAGGACCUGAAGAUGUGUCUGGAUGACGAGGAGCUGGACACCGACGAAAAGUGCACCAUCUGUCUGUCGAUGCUCGAGGAUGGAGAGGAUGUCAGGAGAUUACCCUGCAUGCACCUCUUCCACCAGGCGUGCGUGGACCAGUGGCUGGCCACCAGCAGGAAAUGCCCCAUCUGCAGAGUGGACAUUGAGACCCAGCUGACCCCCGACAGUUGAUAGCUCCUGUCGACUCCUGCAGCUUUGGAUCUCGGUCUUGUUAAUUCUCCAUUGCCUCCCCUCCAGGAGGCGGGCGGGGGGGGGAAAGCUCUGCCAAACACCCCCUCUCUUCCCCUCUGCAUCACUCAACGAGCCUGCCUUCUGAGACAGCUGUGACGGAGGGAUCAACAAAGCACACUCACCUACAACACAACGAGGGACGGGGGUUGAUGCACAGAUAGGUGGCUGGACUGAAGGUCGCUUGAAUGGACUUUGCUGGAUGUAAAAGGUAGGCGCGGACGAGUAUGGACAGAUGUGCUGAGGCUUCACACGAUUCCGUCAGAUUGUGCACCUCGCCUACAUUUCUCCAUACAGCCACCCAGAGAGAGAGAGAGAGAGAGAGAGGACACUCUGACUACCAACCUCCCCAGCUCAGUGUGGUGUAUUAAGGCCAUUUCUCUGCCACUAUAUCCACCCCUACCCUACCCUCCCCUCCCCUCCCAGGCCUGUGAAAAAUCCUUUAAGCUGCACUCUGCCCAAGCCCUCAGCACAUCUGUACAGAACAUUAUCAAAUGAUUAGCAUGAGGUUGUUUGGUGUGAACUCUUGUAGCUGAACGCUUGUGGUGUAAUGGAGUAUAGUACUGAAUAAGUAUUUACAGAGUAACAGUGUUGUGUAGCAAAGCAAAAAGCCUUUUGAGAAAUAUGUCGUGUGAAAAAUAAACCUACGGAGAGGGCGAAUGCAGCUCUGACAGCGAGAACAUUCAGCGUUGUUGAAUCACGGGCGGCGAGAGGCGGCGCUAGUUGUGUAAAAAAGGCCAAAAAUCCCUCUUUGUUGUCUAACAUGGUUUUGGAUUUACAGUUAGUAGACGCCAUCAGAGUUGAUGCUAAACCCGCUAACUGCAGGCAUGGCUUCCAGUGAUCUGUGUAGUGUCGUAGUCGGGCCUCUAUAAUCUAGAGCAGAGGCCUCAGAUGUGCAUGCUGUAUGGCAGGCUUGGGCUGUGUCGUUAAUAUUGUGGAGCAGUAGAAACAGGGACUGUGUCUGUGCAUGUGAACCGUAUAUUAUGACUCUGAUGAUCCCACUCAUUCAUAGAGGAGGACAAGAAUGCACCUAAUUACCCCCCCCUCGCCCUCGCCCUUCCUCCCUCACCCACCUCCCUAUCCACACCCCCUCCGCACUCAGACCAAAGUUGCCCUUAGACACCGAUCUCAGACCAGUGUAGCGUUUCUCUCCUAUCGGUUUAGGAUUCAAAGAGCUGCUUCGCGGAUCCGUGUCUAACAGCAACUCCUCUCUGUGGCCUCGCUCAUGGCAUGAUCGCGAUCAUGAGAGGCCGGCAUGGGCUUGAGGAUGCAGUGCCUGAGUCUUGCCAUCAGAGUGAACAGUACCUGACAUUUGUAUUACCUAUUACCAGAACCUUAUUGCCUAUCGAACAAGCACAUGUGAUUUCUAUAUACAGUGAAUCGCCUCUGUUGUGUAUCGGCUCCUUUCAUUUCAAUCUAAGUUGCUCCCACUGUUUGAUUCAACAACAAAAAAAAAGAAAAAAGAAAAAAAGAAGACUGUGUCUGGUGUUACAGGGAAAAUACAAACUAGUUUGCCUGUGAUAUGUGCUAGAAUGUGUAUGACUGUCCCCAAACCCCUCUUCCCCCAUGGUAGUAGUGUAUGGUAUUGCUAGAACAACUGUGAUACGUUCAGUGAUAGAAGCUGUUUUCUCUAUAUCAUGCAUGAACCAUGUCGGCGUAGUUCACUUGAAGGAGGGUGAAAGGGAGAAAAAGCCAUCCAUUUGAAAAAUACCAAACAAUUGUUCUUAACAUUAUUUUUUUUUUUUCGACUGUCUUUUUUCUGCCAUUUGUUUUUCUUCUAUUUUUUUUUUU